AUGGAAAACUUUGAAUCGACGCCGAAACCGGAAGGUGCUCCCGAGUGCACCGUGUAUUACACUCCCGAGUUAGUCUCGAAAGCGAUCGCGGAGUUGACCGCGGAAAGCGCGAGAAGUGCGAUUGAAGAGAGAGGGUACUUCACGCUCGGAUUAGCCGGCGGGAGUUUGAUUAAAAUGCUUUCCGGAUUGAAGAAGGACACAAACGAGGAGAAUAAAAUUGAGUGGGAGAAAUGGCACGUAUUUUGGGUGGACGAACGAUGCGUGCCUUUAGACGAUCCAGAGAGUAACUUUGGUGGCGCGUACGAGACGUUGUUUAAGGACGUGCCAAUCCCGAGAGAGAAUUUGCACGCCAUCGACGACGGUUUGUACGAAGCGAACGAAGGCGCGAGCGCAAAGUCGGCGGAGGCGUACGAUAAAGAGUUGAAGAGCUUAUCGGAGACAAUCUUACCGAAAGGAGACGGUGGAUUGCCGAUAUUUGAUCUGUUGUUGUUAGGUUUUGGGCCGGAUGGGCACAUAUGUUCGUUAUUUCCGAAUCAUUCGCUGGUGAAAGUGAACGACGCGCGAUGGAUUUUACCCAUCGCGGAUUCGCCGAAACCGCCUCCCGAACGCAUCACGUUUUCUAUGCCAGUGGUGAAUAUGGCGAAACGAAAAGUAUUUGCCGCCGUAGGGGAAGGGAAAGCAGAGAUGGCGAAACACAUCUUAGAGGAUGCAAAUAAAACGGACGGGUCGAUACCGGCGGCAAUGGUUAAAGAUGCGGAGUGGUUGUUCGAUACGACCGGAUCGAGUAAAUUGACGACGACGCACGUUAGGUUUGAGUUUCCAGGAACGCCGACGCUUUUGGGUUUAGACACGAAAGAAGAAGACUGA